GUGUUGCUGUUGUGGUUGUCAGGGAAGCGCACCCCCAGCCUGUGAUGGGUGGUGAUCUCGGGAUUAGGUGACCUCAAUUUGCAAAAGAAUCAUUAACUGUUGAAAUAGUAAAUAAUCGAUAAAUGUUUUCACUUGGCUCUUCGCUUCUUCUUUCUUUGGGCAACCUCCGGAGCAUCCUUCUGUCAUAGCUCGGAAACGGAGGUUGUAUUUUUAGCCGUUAGCAGUUAGCUUUCCUCCUACUGAUAAACGCUCAGUGAUAGUCACUGUUUUCGGAUACAUAUUGCCUAUUUAUCAGACGUCUUGUUUCCUUAAAAUGGAGGACAACCAAGAGGAUCUAAAAGAACAACUUGAAGACGAAGAAGAUGAAGAUAUAAGUGAAAGCGAGAAAUUACCUUUCCCCCCACCUCCUUUUCGCUCGACCCGUCUUCACAUCCAGAGAAGUAAUGUGUGCUCUCGAGCAUAUUUCGUCGUUGUCAUGGUCUUUUUUCAUGUUUACAUCUUAAAUGUAAUCGCACUGCUGCUCUACGUGCACUACAAUAACGGCCCCGAAGAUUUAAUCCCAAGUGAAGGGGCUUCUUCUUCCGCCAUUAACGAUGGUGGUAGCCCCUUGCCCCGGUCCGCCCCAUCGUCAACGGAUCUCUAUUUGGACGACUACAGUCAAAGUUUUAGUCUACCUCGCAUUGAGGGCAUACGGGUUGGCCAUGUCCAGCGGAUUUCUCUUGCGUCAGACAAAACUCUUGUGAUGAAGACCCUCAGUUUAAAGCCAUUGAUUUUUGAGAUCCCUGGUUUUCUCUCGGAGGAGGAGUGCCGUGUGGUGGUCCAGCUGGCCCAGUUGAAGGGGCUCAUGGAGACCCAGACACCAGCUCUGGUUCAGGGGAAUGACGAGUCUAACCUGCCACUUCUCUCUCUCAGCACUGAGGAGGUCUUUGGUCUGCUGGACCUUAACCAAGAUGGGCUACUGCAAAAACAGGAGAUUGUGAGUCAUUCUCGUUCUAGAGAUGGCACUUGGUUGAGUGCAGAUAGUUUGCGGCAAAUACUGAUCAACCUGGAAACCCGCCCAACAGGAACAAUAACUUUGGAUGACUUCAAACGCAUCUAUGCUGAAUCCCAAAGCACAGCACAACGCACUGGGAAGCUAACAAAUCAGUACAAACAGAGAAACAAAAACACAUGGCUGCAUCAAGGCCCAGGGUCUCACCAUGUGCUCCAGACACUCAAAAAGAGAGUCAUUGGCUUGACUCGUCUGCCUUCGUCACUUGUUGAGCUGAGUGAACCUUUGCAGGUGAUUCGAUAUGAACAUGGCGACUAUAGUGAUGCCCAUUACGACAGCAGUCCAACAAACCCAGAGGCAUCAUGUGCACACACGCGCUUAGCCAGUAACGCAUCCACUGUCUCGGAGGUCUCCUGCCGGUACGUCACUGUGCAAUUUUACCUCAGCUCUGUAGAUGAAGGGGGUGAGACCACUUUCCCUGUGGCAGAUAAUCGCACCUAUGAUGAAGAUGGUCUUGUCCAGGAUGGCAUUGAUUUGACAGAUACUCAGCAAACGUGUCACAGAGGAAACCUUCUAGUAAAGCCAACAGUUGGCACCGCUCUGCUUUGGUACAAUCACCUCUCUGAUGGAAAAGGUUGGAUGGGUGAGAUGGACGAGUACUCCCUCCGUGGAGACUGCCCAGUCAAACGUGGGCUGAAGUGGGUGGCCAGCAGCUGGAUAAACGUGGACCCAGAUCACCUCCAACAGGCUAGAUACCAGAGACUAGUAGCCCAAAGGCACCAGGUGAAAUCAGGUCUAGAAGACUACUACCAACCUCUCUCACACAACAACCUCCACCAGGACCUAUAGCCAGAAUUGUACACAUUUAUUUUGAAAAAGGUUAUUUCAUAUUCAAAAAUGCAUUUCACAGAACCAUUUUGUGAAACCUCCUUUUAAAUGUUUGUAUCAUUUUCUGUCCAACAUUUUAAUUUAAUAAGUUAAUAUGAUUUGUAUAAACAAGAGCAUAAAGUGGGUUAUAAAGUAGCUAUCCAUUAAGGUAAUUUCAGUAGUUCAAAUUUAGUUUAGUUUACGUAAAUCAGAAAUUAUAACAAUUUAAACUAAACACAUGUUUGUAUUUGUGUAGAAUAAAAUCAAUAUACACUCUUAAUUGAUGGGAAUCUAAAUCCCUAUGGAGACAAAAAAUCAGGCCCCCAUGACAUAAAUCCUUUUAUUAUUUGAUCAACAUGAGUUAAAGUUCAGAUAUGGGUUCAAAUAGGUUAAGAUUAGGUCUAUGUUAUGUAAACCUGUGUGUGUAUGUGUACGUGCACACGUGUGCGUGCGCGUGUGUGUGCACACGUGUUUGAAUCUACUGUUUACAGUGGAGUUGUUUCACAUUAAAUUUAACUACUGAGUAAAAUGUUCACAUGUACACAUAGGGAUUAAGUAAAUAUGAAUAUGCUUAGGACAUUUUAUAUCACCCCAUGCACUAAAUACUUUGUCAACAUAUCGCAGCAGUAUUAUUGUGAAGUCUGCAUAUUUUAAGCCAUAUCAUGAGAUGUGUUUGUGAAUAUGUUGCUAAUUGAAGCAUUAAACAUGCCUUUAGUCAAAGUUUGUACACAAACAUGGGUCAGAUGUGGACUGAUUUGAAGUCUUUGGUUAACAUUCCCUAAUAGGCUACCUUUUCAUUGCUUUAUUAUUAUUUUAUUUUUUUGUUGUUUUCACUACUAAAUUAUUUAUCUAAUUUAUGUCUUACGGAUUGUUAUUUAUUAUUGCUAUUUGUUUAUGUUACCACAAUACUUAUUUAUUCCCAUGUGAUGUUACACAUGACUUGACACAUUUCUUUUUAUCUGUUUGUUUUAAUAAUAAUUCAUAUGCUAUAAGUAUAUCUUGAGAAUAUAAAGCAUUUUAUGACAUGCAUUUUGCAUCUGUUUGCAAUUUUGUGCAACUUCUGUAAUAAACCGCAAGAUAGCGC